CCCAACUAGCUUUUCAAAGAUGAUGUGCCAAUAGGCCCUACACAAAUAUCUCCAAGAUCCACUUUUGCAUCACAAACUGUGAGAAAGAGAAAAACACAGCAUCAAAAUAUGGGUGUUUUUGUGAAGAUAAUCGACGGGUUUCUCUUUGUGAAUUUUGCCAUGGCGGCGGUGUGCGCGGUGUUGAUAGAUACACAGUUGUGUCUGCCUCCAAGCCUCUUCCCAAGCUCGGUGGUGGAGAUCAAGAACUGGUAUGCUCGCGAGUUCGAUGAUUAUCUCGUUGAACAGAAGCCUCAUUUCUUGGUUGGCCUCAUUUGGGUUGAGCUUAUAUUGCAGUGGCCUCUUCUCGUUGCCAACUUGUAUGCAAUUUUGACUGCUAAGCCUUGGUUCAACACCACCUGCUUGGUCUAUGGCGUCUCUUUCUUCACUACCAUGGGCGCUGUAUUAACAGAGAUGUUAAGGUCCGGCAAGGCAUCUAAGAAAAUGUUGAAUGUGCACUACGCUGCUAUGGGGUUGGCUGUUCUGUCCAUACUGCGCGGUCUGCUCCCACCGUCCGCUGCCGCUACUCCAACCAGCGGCAAGGGAAUAACCAAAAGGACAGACCCACGAAAGAAAACGAUGUAGACCUCAAAUAUUUUUAUCAUUUUUGUUUUCUGGUUAAUUAUACGCUUUGUUUGGAAAAAAAAAAGGGGGUUGUUUAGAUAUAGACCUUUGUAAUUGAUAUUAACCCACCUCAUAUUAAACAUUCAAAUAAAACCCAAAAUUCAAAUAGUCUGCCUUGUUGGCAAAUAAAUGACAUAUCCUUAUAAAAUA